AUGUCAUUAAUUCUUUACUUUUCACCUCUAUCACCUCCCUCUAGGGCUGUUCGAUCUUUUUUAUUACUAUCAAAAGCAGUUUUCUAAGGAAAAGUUGUGGACCUUUUGAAAGGAGAACAUAAAUCUGCUGAAUUUUAGAACAUCAAUCCUAACUAAUCACUACCAGCUAUGGUAGAUGGUGGUCUGAAACUAUUUGAGAGUCAUGCUAUUUUGAAAUACAUAGCUGUAAAAAAAUAACUAUAUUAAUAUUAUCCUCAAGUAUACAAUUGUUUUAAAUUUAGAACUUAAGAAAUAGAGCACAAGUUGAUUGCUAUUUAGAUUGGAGCUAAACUGGUUUAGAAGCUAUUGGGAAAUAUGUUAAUUAAUGUUUCCUUUUUCCUAAAUUUAUGAAUAAACCUGUACCUGAUAACAAAUAAGAAUUACAAAAAGAUGUAAUAGAUACAUUGAAAUUCUUUGAAUCAUCCUUCUUAACUGGGAGGUACAUUUUUAAUUAGUCAGCUCUAACAUUAGCUGAUAUAAAGUAUAUGAAUCAAUCAUAUUAAUUAGAGCCACUUCUGAUUUGUCCUAGCUCUUAGCAUCUGAUUUUGAUUUCAAUCAAUUUCCUAAAGUAAAAGAAUUUCUUUAGGAAAUGUUUUCAAUGCCAGCAAUAAAAGAAGCUUAUGCUGAAUUUUUAUAGAUGAUUAAAUCUUCAAAUCCAAAUGAUUCAAUAUCUUAUAUCAUCAACGGCAUAGACAAAUCCACUUCUUGGAAGACUACUCUAUAUAUGCAUCCAUUCUCCUCUCCAUCAAGAGCAGCAAGAACAGUUUUAUUAUACAGUGGAAUUGAUUUCAAUGAAAAAACAAUUAACUUAUUAUAAGGAGAACAUAAAUAACCAGAGUAUUCUGCUAUCAAUCCAAAUUAAUCUGUUCCAUGUAUAGUGGAUGAAAAUCUCAAUUUAUUUGAAAGUGGAGCUAUUAUGAAGUAUGUAGCAAGGAAAUUCAAUUUGUAUAAUUUAUAUCCAACUCAACUUUAACCCAAAGCAAGAGUAGAUUAAUAUUUAGAUUUUCAUCUUACUGAAAUGAGUUCAAUCCCUAAGUUCAUAUUUUCUUGUUUUAUGGGACCUUAAAUGAUGAAAUUACCUAUCCCUGCUGAUAAAGAUUAACAAUGUUAAAAUGUUUUAGGAACUUUAGAGUUUUUCUUUAAAGUCUUCUUAAAUAAUGGUUAAUGGGCAUACAUUAAUAAUUCACCAUAAGCUUCUUUAGCAGAUAUCAAAGUUGGAUGUGAUUUAGCUUAAUUACUCUUAACAGAUUUUCCAUUUGAAAAGAUAUCAGGAUUGGAUCUUUAUAUUAAAAGAUUAUUCGAAAUACCUGAAAUGAGAAAAUCUCAUUGUGAAUUGUUUGCCUAUAUGUAAAGUUAAAAGGUUGGAAAAUUUGCUCUCUCCAUAAGUUAAACAUAACCUAUUAGAAGUUAAGAAAAAAUAACUUUAUAUUUUAAUUUUGUUUCACCGCCAGCUAAAGCAGCUAAAUCAUUAUUAAUGUUAGCAAAUAUUCCAUUUACAGAAAAAGUUAUUGAUGUUCAAUCUGGAGAAAAUAAAAAAAAACCAUAUACUGAUAUCAAUCCUAAUGAAACUAUACCUGCUUUAACCUUUGGAAACUUUAAUUUAUUUGAAAGUCAUGCUAUAAUGAAAUUCAUAUGUGUCUAAUUCAAUUUAACUGAAUUUUAUCCAAAUUAUCCUUUAAGAGCAAAAAUUGAUAGUUAUUUAGAUUUCCAUCACUCAGAAUCAAGAAAAUUAAGCUUAUUUGCAUUAGAUUUCUUUUUUGGUCCAAAGUUUUUAAAGAGAGAAAUGCCAAAAAAUUAUGAUGAAAGACAAAGAGAAGUUUGUGAAUUAUUACACUUUAUGAUUAAUGUAUUUUUUGCUGGAGGAAACUACAAAUAUAUCAUGGGAUCUAGAACACCUACAAUAGCAGAUCUAUCGUAAUUUAUUUAUUAUAUAUUAAAAGAUUUAUUUGUGAAAUUUCAAGUUUGUUCUUUGUGGAUUUUGAUUUCAGUCCAUUUCCAACUUUAAAAUUAUAUCUUAGAGAUAUGUUUUCUAUGAAAUAAGUGAGGGAAACCUAUAGCAAAUUUUUCAUGGUAGCAAGAUUUAUGUCAAAAUCUAUGAAUCCAUUUAUAGAAUCAAUAGCGAAAGGAACAGAAGAAGGAGGAAGUUCAUGUUGUUAAUUGAUUUGAUU